AUGAAGAACCAUUUCGAGAAAUGUCUUUCUUUCAUUCCAAUGAUUACAACUUCUUCUUCUUCUUCUUCUUCUUCUUCUUCUUCUUCUUCUUCUUCUUCUCAACAUCUCCUACCCCUCUUCCUUUCUUAUUCUUCCAUUCCUUUCUUCUUGAUUUUUUCUUCAGGCAAUGAUCACUUCCUUCAUUUAUUUUCAUUUACUUUCUUUCCUUUGUCUCUUUCACGUCUUUAUUAUGUUUUUGCUUUUCCUCUGAUUUCUUUUUUUUCAUUUUUUUCUAUUCUCUUUUCUGUUUCUCUUUCUCUGCCUUCUCCGUUUCUUUCUUUUUCCUUUCUUGCUUUGUUUUUAGAACCUUUUUCUUUUUCUCCUUCUCUUUCUCUAUCUAGAGUUUUCAUUUCUCUUUCUAUUUGCCGUUUUCACUUUCUCCUUUCCAUUCUCCCCUUUUCUUUUUUCUCUCCUCCUUUAUUUCUGACCUUUCUCUUUAGCUUCUCCUUUUCUAAAUUACUUUUCUCCUUCUUUGAACUAUUUUCUUUUCUUCUUGCCUCUCAUUUUUUUCUUUUUCUCUAUUUUCUUCAUUUUUCUUUACCUAUAAUCCCUGAGGCUAUUUAUUUACGCUCUGCGGAAAGCGGUCACAGAGUGCAACAUACACGAAAAAAACAAAAAAAACUGCAAUACAUUUUUGGAAAAAAAUCUAUCUAUCUAUCUAUCUAUCUAUCUAUCUAUCUAUCUAUCUAUCUAUCUAUCUAUCUCAUUCUGUUCAUAUCUAUCUAUCUCAUUCUGUUCAUAUCUAUCUAUCUAUCUAUCUAUCUAUCUAUCUAUCUAUCUAUCUAUCUAUCUAUCUAUCACAAUAUGUCAAUCUUCACCUUCUAUCUCAAAGCGCUUCGGGAAUAUCUGUUCAUAUCUAUCUAUCUAUCUAUCUAUCUAUCUAUCUAUCUAUCUAUCUAUCUAUCUUAUUCUGUUCAUAUAUAUCUAUCACAAUAUAAGCGCGUUGGGUGGGGCGGGCGCGAUUGUCGGAAGACGAAGAUGUUUCUUUCAUUCUCAAUAACACGAGGCGAAACAAACAACGUGAUGUACAUUUCUCUCUGUGAGGCAUUUCGGUCUUCUUUCUCUUUCUCUUUUUAUUAUUUCUUCUCCCUAUAG